UGAUUACUCGCCGGCACCUGGUGAUCGCCAAGAAGUACCUACGGAGGGAGAGAACUGUAUGUUAACAAUACAGGUCUCUCCCCUGUUAGCUCCUACACACUGCUUUGUAUGGCUCUGAAUAGCAGAGCCAUACAAAGCAGUGUGCUUACAGUGGAAAGCACACACUGCCCACAGUAAAACAGCACACAGUUAACCCUUUGAUUGCCCCAGAUGUUAACCUCUUCCUGCCCAGUGCUAUUAGUACAGUGCCAGUGCUUUUUAUUAGCACUGAUCACUGUAUUGGUGUCACUGGGGGUGUCAGUGCCACCAAGUCAGUUACCCCCUGUGUCAGAAUGCCCGCCGCAGUCCUGC